AUAAUUAUUUACGACAUUACAGGAACAUAAGCUGUCUGCGGGAAUGUGGUCAGUGUCAGGCUACACAAGGGUACAACCCUUUAUGGUUGCUAGGCAAUACUGUCAUGGUCUGAUCAGACAAAUCACAUAUUACGUCAAGACGUCAACAGCGUUCUACAGCAGUACUCAGGGGGGAAAGACGUUUGUUGUAAGAGUACAUAGUCCUCCUCAGUUUUUUGCCAGUAUCUCUAGUGCUGAGAAGGAAGUGCAAGAUGAACCACAAUUGAAAGUGCAUUUGGAGAAACGAGGACAGUAUGAUCAUGAUCAUCAUCAUCAUCAUCAUGGCUAUGCUUGGAAAGCCAUUGAUAAAAGCAAAGCAUGGUUGCACUGUGUUUCCAGGCGAUCUGGUCUACCUUUCUGGCUGCUGACAUCUGUUUUAUUCAUGGGAUUCACUUUUCUGCUGUGGCUUUGUUGUUCAUCGAUGGGUUCUUCAGACAAAGAUCAUAAAGAAAAGCGUUUACUUGUGGAUGACAUUUAUCUUCUAGAAGGAGAUGGAAUCCUUAGCAAAAAACADCCAUUGCUCAAGUCAGAUGAAGCAGGCCCUUUGCCACUUAAAGUCAACAUCUCUGCUACAUCAAUCUAGUGGGCUAAAGCUUCCAACAAGAAGCCUUCUGAUUGGUUAAUUCAUGUAUAAUUGCUUGGGCAGUUUUUCCUUUAUACAUGUAUAACCCAUUCUAUGAUGGUUAUACUAGAACUGCUAACCCAGUGGGACUUAGUGGUCAUCUUCACAUAUUUAAGCAUUCACUUAAAAACUGGUAGAGUAGAGUGAUCGCACUUAAUCCGUGCAACUGUACAAACUAAAUUUAAGAAAUAUAAAACGGUGCGCGUGUCUCUGUCCUCUGAUAUAAACAUGGUGGGAGUUCGAAAAACACUAGAGAAGCAACUUAGGAACACAAGUGUAGCAAGUGUUUCUCUUGCUUCUUGAGUGUUUUUCAACUCUCACUGCGUUUAUAUCAGAGGACAGAGACACAAGCAGCCGUUUUAUAUUUCUUUCAUAAA